GGCUCACCCAAGCGGACUCACUGAGCGACGCGGGCGGGCUAUGACACCAGGGGCGCUGCUGCUGCUGCUGCUGGGGGCGUUGGGGGCGCCGUUCGCCCCGGCCCGCGGCUCGGAAGCGGAGGGCCGACUCCGCGAGAAACUUUUCUCGGGCUAUGAUAGCUCGGUGAGGCCGGCGCGGGAGGUGGGAGACCGCGUCGCGGUCAGCGUUGGUCUCAGCCUAGCGCAAUUAAUCAGCCUGAACGAGAAGGAUGAGGAGAUGAGCACAAAGGUCUACUUAGACCUGGAGUGGACUGACUACAGGCUGAGCUGGGACCCUGAGGAGCACGAGGGCAUCGAUUCACUCCGCAUCACUGCCGAAUCCGUGUGGCUACCAGACGUGGUGCUCCUAAACAACAAUGACGGAAAUUUUGAUGUUGCUCUGGACAUCAACGUCGUGGUGUCCUCCGACGGCUCCGUGCGCUGGCAGCCCCCGGGCGUCUAUCGCAGCAGCUGCAGCAUCCAGGUCACCUACUUCCCCUUUGACUGGCAGAACUGCACCAUGGUGUUCAGUUCCUAUAGCUAUGACAGCUCAGAAGUCAGCCUGCAGACUGGCUUGGGUCCCGAUGGGCAGGAGCGGCAGGAAGUGCACAUUCAUGAAGGCACCUUCAUUGAGAAUGGUCAAUGGGAGAUUAUUCACAAGCCUUCUCGGCUAAUCCAGCCUCCAGUGGAUCCUAGGGGAGGGGGGGAAAGACGGCGUGAGGAAGUCACCUUCUACCUCAUCAUUCGCCGGAAGCCUCUCUUUUACCUGGUCAACGUCAUUGCCCCAUGCAUCCUCAUCACUCUUCUGGCCAUCUUCGUCUUCUACCUGCCACCAGAUGCAGGAGAGAAGAUGGGGCUCUCGAUCUUUGCUCUGCUGACCCUUACUGUGUUCCUGCUGCUGCUGGCAGACAAAGUGCCUGAGACCUCCCUGUCUGUCCCCAUCAUUAUCAAAUACCUCAUGUUUACCAUGGUCCUCGUCACCUUCUCAGUCAUCCUUAGCGUCGUAGUCCUCAACCUGCACCAUCGCUCACCCUACACCCACCAAAUGCCCCUUUGGGUCCGUCAGAUCUUUAUCCACAAACUCCCUCUGUAUCUGGGUCUGAAGAGACCCAAGCCUGAGAGAGACCAGAUACCGGAGCUACCUCCUAUACCUCUCAGGGAUUCUCCAGGAAGUGGCUGGGGUCGGGGAACAGAUGAAUAUUUCAUCCGCAAGCCACCAAAUGAUUUUCUCUUCCCCAAACCCAACAGGUUCCAGCCUGAACUGUCUGCCCCGGACCUGCGGCGAUUUAUCGAUGGUCCAAACCGGGCUGUGGGCCUGCCUCCCGAGCUACGGGAGGUCGUUUCCUCAAUCAGCUACAUCGCUCAACAGCUGCAGGAACAGGAGGACCACGACGCGCUGAAGGAGGACUGGCAGUUUGUGGCCAUGGUGGUGGACCGCCUCUUCCUGUGGACCUUCAUCAUCUUCACGAGCGUCGGGACCCUCGUCAUCUUUCUGGACGCCACGUACCACUUGCCCCCUCCCGACCCCUUUCCUUGAGGACGAGAGGGCCGAGACCGAGGUCCUCGGCCAGUUGAAUUGAGAGUUAGUUUGAUAGUACUCUCAAGCCCUAUCCCUUUCUGCAUCUUAACUCCUUCACUAGGAGUCCAAUCCUCUCAUCAUUUCGUUUCUAGGGAGGAAGCCCAAGUGGGACUGGGCAGAUGGGGGCCUUGGGCCCACCUGAAAUGCACUAUCCGCUUAUUUACUCUUUGGCUUCUUGAAGAAGCUCCAUUGGAUAUCCACACCUAGGUUGGCAAUGAAUGGAACAAAGAACAAGAACUAGCUUGUAAGCCUUCUGAGGGCAGGAACUAUGUCUGUUCACUGUAAUAUCCCCAGCACCUAGCACAGAUCCUAACCUAUAUAGCCGCUACCUCUGGUUGAAUGAAUAGGGAAAUUUUUUUCUGUAAGGAAAUACACUAAUAUUGCUUAUA